CGCAAAGAAAAUCAUUAAAACUGACUCUCCUUAUGAUGGAACUACCUUGGAGAUUCUAUUAGCUAUGCAGAUAUCACAUGUAUGAUGCACACGUGCCGAGCUAAAUAGAAACAACUUCUGGCGAGGAAACACGAAUCCAAAAUGGCGGUGUCAAGACUGCCGAGUGGGGGAAGUCGGCGCGGUGGCUUUACAGUUCAGCGACACAAUAGCAAUAAUGAAACACUCUCGUUUCCCAUAUCACUUCGACACUUUUAUCGCGUCUUUCCUCGUGAGAAUUAAUCAUCGACCGGUGUCAGAACGAUUAAUUCCGUGGUCGUAAGGAGUCGCGAACUGCGUCGCGAUUCGCGGUCGGUGUUUCCCCUCUGCGUAUCGCGCGCCGCUGAGAGAUCAGCGCUCCCGAGCGCUCGGCGUGCAUAGAGGCAAGAUGGCUGUCGGGAAACGUCAAUACAUUUUAUAUCGGCAAAAGCGUGCGCUUUUGUAAACAGUUACGUCGCCGGAGCCCGGCGAGACGCGAAUGGUUAACGGUUGAGUGCAAAAGGUCGACGCGAGGGUGCACGGGAAAGCGCUUAUGCCGGUGAAAUGGCAGAAUUCGUGCGCGGGGGCCCCAGCGUGUCGAACAGUGCUAAGGUUGAGCUUAAUAAUAAAGGCGGGUCUUCGAGUACAGGAAGCGAGGAUGGAGGUCCAAAUGAGUCAUUGAAUCCUGAAAAUGACUUUGAUCCCUUUCUUGAAAAUAUACCAGAUGACCCACAGGACACGGAAGAGCCUGAUAGUGGAAACAAUACACUUAUAACUGCACCUCCGGAAAAUCAAUGGUACCAUGGAAGACUGGACAGAUUCACAGCGGAAGAGAGAUUAUGGGAUGCCAGUAAAAUGGGAAGUUACUUAGUUCGUGAAAGCGACAGAAAACCCGGUAGUUACGUACUAUCUUAUCUGGGACGGACUGGCAUUAAUCAUUUCCGAAUUACAGCAGUGUGUGGUGAUUACUAUAUCGGAGGUCGCCAGUUUAAUAGUCUAUCAGAUUUAGUGGCCUACUAUACUCAUUGUUCAGAUCUUUUAAAAAGAGAGCGCCUUAUACAUCCAACUCCACCACCAGAGCCUGUUAACGACAAGAAACGAAUUGUCGCUAUACUGCCCUACACGAAAAUGCCAGAUACGGAUGAGUUGAGCUUCCAAAAAGGUGAUAUAUUUUUCGUGCACAACGAUAUGGGUGAUGGAUGGCUUUGGGUCACCGCACACAGAACUGGUGAACAGGGUUUGAUCUUCCGAGAACUGGUGGAAGACUUAGAUGAUUCCAUCGAUCCAAAUACUGUUUUCUCAUGGUUUCAUCCUAAUGUGACGAAAAGCGAAGCUGUAGACAUGUUGGUUAAAGCAGGCCCAGGAAGUUUUCUAGUCAGACCCUCGGACAAUAGUCCAGGUGAUUAUUCACUGUUCUUUCACAUAAACAAUCAAAUUCAAAGAUUCAGAAUUGAGAAAAAAGGUGUACGAUAUUUAAUGGGAGGCAGAACGUUUGAAUGCCUUGAUGCAGUAAUAAACAGGUAUAGAAAAGAACAAAUAGUGGAAGGUCAUACCUUGGUUCAGGCAAUGGUAACGGAGCCUGAUGGUAGUGUAAGAGUAAAUAAAGAGGUGCAACAUGCUGAGAAGAUAUACGCCACUUUGAGAGAAUGUCGGGAACAAUCUGGAGCAAAAAAGAACAAAGGCAUUAAGAUGCAAGGGUACCUAGAGAAGAAGUCUGAGAAAAAUAAGAAAUGGAAAGCUCUGUACUUUGUACUUCUUGUAGAUGCAACUGACACGCAUCUUUAUUUAUAUGACAAUCCUAAAAGAACUAAGCCAAAAGGCCUUAUCGAUUUGAGCUGUGCUUAUUUGUACCAGGUUCAUGAAAGCGUUUUCGACAGGCCUCAUUGUUUUCAAUUAGUGGAACGUGCUUUGCCUUGUUUGGCCACGAUAACGUAUUUGGCAGCACCGACUUCGGAAAAUGCUUUAGAUUGGAUCAAUGCGCUGAAACCGCUCUGUGUGUCACAGUUAACCCGAGCUCCGAAAGUGGCUCGCUUGCGUGAACUACGCUCUCUACAUCUUCAUAUCUUAGACGCGCAUAGAUUGCCAUAUAAGCUAGUGCCAAACCCAUUUGUGAUAGUCGCCCUGAAUAAUGUUAAAGUAGCUCGCACGAAAGUUCAGUCUGGUCUUCAUCAUCUUUGGGACGAAGAAUUUAUUUUGGAGGAUGUUCCACCUGACGUUAUGUCGUUUACUCUUACACUAUAUAAUAAAGGCAAAAGAAGUAAGGAUACCGAAGUAGCAGAAGUGACUGUUGAAUUAGCUAAUUUAGCAAAUGGAGAAGAAAUGGACGAGUGGUACCCACUGUCAGGUGUCACUCCUCUUGGAGACUGGGGUGCUCUGCGUUUGCGAUUGCGAUAUCGGCAUGAUUUAGCAAUGCCACCAGAGGAAUACAGUCCUCUGCAGCAAUUACUCUUGGAUCCAGAGUUACACGUUGUUAGAGCAUUAGCGGAUGUUUGCCACUUGGAUCGAGUACCACUGGCCAACAGUCUUCUUAGAAUAUUCAGACACGAACGUAAAGAAGCAGAUCUUCUACGAUCGUUAAACCAAGCUGAAGUCGAUAAGGAAGACGAGACACCAACAUUAUUUAGAGCUGCAAGUCUGACGACAACGUUGAUGGAUCUUUACAUGAAGUCCGUGUGUACUUCCUUCUUGAAAGCAGCAUUGCGCGACACUAUAGUAAAGCUUAUUGAGAGUAAACAAAGCUGCGAACUGAAUCCAACAAAAAUGGAUUCCCCAGAAGAUGCCUGCAGUAAUGCAGAGUUUUUAUUACAAGUUUUGGAUGAAGUUACACUGAGCAUUUUUACGAGUCCGGACGCUUGUCCAAAAACUCUGCGAUAUAUUUGUGGUUGCUUACAACGAGCAGUUGUUUCAAAAUGGCCGCACGAAAGACUAGUCCGCACAAGAGUCGUCAGUGGCUUUAUAUUUCUACGUUUACUUUGCCCUGCCAUUUUAAACCCUAGAUCGUUUAAUUUAAUUGCUGAACCGCCACCUCCUGCUGCUGCAAGGUCUUUAGUAAUGGUGGCAAAAUGCCUACAAAACCUGGCUAAUUUAGUCGAAUUUGGCGGUAAGGAACCGUACAUGGAAGUCGUUAACCCCUUCAUUUUGAAAAACAAAGAAAGGAUGGUCGUCUUUCUGGAUCAGUUGUCGAAUGUCACUGAUAAACCAGAAUCUGAAGGAUCUGAUCCUCGAAGUAAGAGUACGUGUAUAUCGGAUACUGCCAGGGACUUGGCAACGCUACAUCACAUUUGCGUCUCGCAUCUAAAGGAGCUACAAGUUCUGUCUAAAACACAGUCAACAAUAAAACAGUUGGUGACGGUCACUGAAAUGCUAAGCAAGCAUAAACAAAAAUACAUGGAAAUGAUACGGUAGUGCUACAGUCAACAGUCACCACUAUGCCAAACAUGACGAAAUGAUUUAUAAAGAAUUGAAAUAAGUAACGUACAGUAGUAUUUAAAAAUACGUAUAAUUACACGAUUUAAGUGAUUAAUCGUAACAGACUGACGUGCCAUAUAUAUAUUAUUGUAUACACACUCAUGCCUACAUUUAAUAUUUCAUAUGUAAUUAGAGUAUAGUUUGUAUGAUUAGUAACUGUAACAUGACAGUGAUAUAGCUAUAAACAGAACCGUAUAAACGUAUGAAAUUUUAUAUCCACUUAGGUGCUCGAGAAUAAAUAAAAAUAGCGAAAAUGCUGUUAACAGCGA